AUGCAGAGGGACGGUAGAGAGGAGCGUACGAAAUCGACUGGCUCAAAGUGGUUCGACAUGCCUGCCUUUGCCGGUGCAAACACGGGAAAGAAUCAAGAUGACGAACGCGCUCUCAUCAAUCCAAAAGGCAAAGAUGGUGAUGGAAGAGGACGAUCAGCCGAAGAAAUGCGAAGGGAAGUUCAAGCGAUUCGACUUCGUAAUGCGGUUGAUCCCAAAAGAUUUUAUCGUGGAAGUGCAAGAGGAGAGAUGGAUAUGCCAAAAUAUGCACAGCUAGGCAAGAUAAUAUCCGGAAAUGCAGAUGCUGCAUCUACGAUGACAAGAGAUCAACGUGGUAAAAGUGUUAUUGAUGAAUUAGUCAAAGAUGCUGAAAGUUCAGCUUAUGCAAAACGUAAAUUUAACGAACAACAAGUAAAGAGUAAUGUUGGUUGGAGUAGUCAUGUUCGUCGUCAUCAAAAGAAGAAAGGCGGAGUAAGCAAUAAACGUCAAAGGCGGUGA